AUGGCAUCUUUAAUCUAUGAACAAUUAGUAGCAGCAUAUACAAAUACCGAUAAUUAAAUCAGAAAUCAAGCAGAGAAAUCUUUAGUCAAUUCGUUGUAGGAAAACUAUUAGAAUUUUUAAUUUAUUGCUUAAUUAGCAGAAAAGCAAGACAAAAGUACUUAUUUCUUGCUAAAUUAUAGUGUAGGAAUAAGCUGCCAAUUUGUUGAAUUCAGUCGUAAUGAAAAUGCUAAAUACUAAUCCAAGUACUAAUAGUUGAUAUUAAUUAGAUUAAUUAACAAUCCAACAUGCUGAAUCAUUGAUUUCUGUGCUAACCUCUUAAAACACUCCCUUAAAAUACAAAUAAUCUCUUAUUUAAUCUUUAAGUUAAAUUUCUAGAAGAAAUAAAAGUAAUACUUCAAUUUAAUUUUAGAUGUAAAGACUGAAAUUGAAAGGAAGAUGAAAGAAUUCUUACAGGGAGAAUAGUAAUGGUAAAAAUAAUCUGGAAUAUUGUUCUUUAAGAUUUUGGCAGACUCUGUCGAACUUUAGAAUUUCUCAAAUUAUACUAAUGGAAUUACAACUAACUAUGAUUGGAUUACCGAGUAUUUUAAUUAAUGUGUAUAAAUUAUUACAGUGUUGUAAGAAUAGCCAAAAGAAUUAUCGGAUGAUUUUAUAAACACUAUGAAAUACUUUGCAUAAUCAAUUUAGGAUUUAUGUGACAAAAUAUAAUAAUAAUCAAAUAUCUCAAGAGAAUAAAUACUACCAAUUUUAAAUAUUCUAUUCUCAUUAAAUUCAUUUUCUACUUCAUUAAUUUUAUUACUUUAAUAUUCACCCUCAAUAGGAAAAUAAAUGCAAAAUUCCAUCAUAAUUAAUACUGGUAUCUAGAUUUUUGAUGACAAAAUGAAUGAAAUUAAAAGUUACGUUCUGAAAUCUUAUAUGAUAAUCUUUCAAAUUUUGCUCAAUACUCGUAAUAAAUCAGAAGUCAAAAAAGGACCAUUUGGUCCCUAUAUUAAUCCAAUCACCUAACUCUUACUCUAUUCCAUCCUUACUUAUACAAAUAGUGAAACAAUCAAUGUGAUUCUGAAGUAAUUCUAAAACAAUAUAAUUAUAGUAAGCCAUUCCUAAGAAAUAUAAUAACAUACAUGCUUAAAUUGUUAGCAAAUCUUGGAUCAUAAACAGAAUAGUAUCAAAUAUUCUCUGAUUCAAAAGUGCCCUUGAUAACAGAUGUCAUCUAUCCUUAUUUGAUAACAUCCUAAUAAGAGUAUUUAAAAAUGAAAGAAGAACCAGAAGAAUUUGUAAAUCUGGCACUUGAUACUGUUGAUAAAUAAGAGUCUGACAUUCCUAAAACUGCUGCAGCUUAAUUAUUAGAAACUCUAUGUGAUCAUAUAGAUGGAUCUACAACUUUCUUGGCUAACUUGGCUGUUAUUAUUUCAUAAAAUGCAAUUAAUAGUUUGUCAGCCAAACCUGUUUAACUUAAUGAAUAAUAAUAAACAUUCAUUUAAGCCAUAUCUGAAAAGUAAAUAUUUAAAAUAAUACUUUUAGGAAAUUGUUCACUGAAUAUAAUGCUGUUGACAGAAUUGAAAGCAGUUUAAUUGUAUUAACAAUAAUGAGUUAUUUGAUUUAAAAGAGAUAGGAUAUUGUAAGUAUGAUGGAAUAGCUAUUAACUGAUAAUUUAGCAUUUUUCUAAAAUAUUCAACAUCAAAUAAUAAAAGUGAGGUUUUCUUUAUUUUUUGGUUACUAUUGUGAUAAUCUAUUCAAAAAAGAUAUUUAAUCCUAGAGUAUGUUAAUGUAUUUAUCUAUUUUAAUUAACUUUGUUCAACCAUCGGAACCAGUAGUCUUGUAUUAAUCAAUAGAUGCAUUAAAGGAUGUCUUUGAAGAUGAUGAAUUGAAAGGAAAAACUAAAGGACUAGUCGCAGUAGUCUUUCCUUCAUUAUGCAAUGGCUUAACAUUUAGCAUCUAUGAGAGACACUUUGAAAUGAUAAUAAAUCUAUUAAAGAAGUAUCCGCAAGUAUUUCAACAAAAUGAAAAUCUGUUAAUAGGACUUAUGCAAAUUUUGGUCUAAAGGAUAAUUAACGAAUAAGAUCUAAUCAAUAAAGGAGAUUCCCAAAGACACAUUUAUUUGAACAGAUGUUGGAAUAUUAUAAGAUCAUUGGCAGAUUAGAAUGAAUAUACAAAAUUGCUAAUAACUCUUGAAUAAAGCAUCACUCAAUUAUACUAAAUGUUAGCAACUUGCUAAAAAAUAGAUUUUGAUGAGGAUCUGGUUUUGUUCAUCUCCUAAUGUAUCUAAAAGUUGUCAUCAGUCACUCCAUUGUAGAUGUAAGUGUUGCCUCUAUUUUUAAAUGUGAUUCAGAAAUAGAACUGUAGACUAGGAAAUCUAUAUGAAACCCUUAAUUAUUACAUUCAUUAUGGCAGAAAUCAUUUUGUAGAAGAAUCAUACUAGUAAAUAUUUUUCAACUUAGCAUUCUAACAUUUACAUUCUGAUCAAUCCUUUGAAGACAUAGAGUAAGCUGAAGGAGCAUUGCUUAUUUAAUUAGGAAUAUAAGAACUCAAUACAGAUUUAAAGAAGAAUAUUUUGGAAUCAAUUUUAAAAUAAACACUUAAUAUUAUUUCUAAAAAGGAAAUAACUGGUUUACUACGAUCAAGAAUAACUGGAAUUAUAUUGAGUGCACUCUACUCUGUCCCAGAAUUAACUUGUGAAUUAUUGUCAGGAAUGUUUUCAGCUGUAUAUAAUUAAGUUCUUGACACUCAAUAUUCUCCAGGUUAUGACAUCAAAUUGUUUGUGAUUACAAUGUCAUCUUUAAUUAAUAAAUAACCAAAUCUAUUAACUUCAAAAUUAAUAACCACCAUUGUCAAUAAUUUAUUCUUAUAAGACAAGUUUGAAAAAGAGAAUGAAUUAAAGAAAUUGAAUAAGUAUUUACAAUUUUAAUGUUAGUUCUUUUGAUGGCGAAGACUUUGAUGAAGAGGACGAUGAUGAAGACGAUUUUAAUGAUCAGGAUGACAUCAGCGAAGCGCAAUAAUAAAUUGAAUAGUUCUUAAGUCCAAUAGUAAAAGAGGAUGAGUACUCAGUAUUCAAAAAUACUCUAUUUACAAUCAAAUAACAGUAACAUAUUUGUAAUUCUUAGUUAUGCCAUGGGUAUUGAACAACUCAAAAAGGAACUAGAUAAUUAGAUUGUUGUUAAACUUAAUGACUUGAUGUCUUUUAUGAGAGUAAAUACUAAUGAUGGUAUUCAACCUACAAGAAAAGUAAAUCUACUCUUUAUUUAUUAGCUCAUUAAAGCACAAAGAAGAAAGAAGAUUAAUUGA